AUGCCUGCCCACCACCACUGUAACGCUCAUGCCGGUCUGCCCCGUGUCUGGCUGGGUUGGGGUGAGUUGGGCAACCGCAAGGCUCAACUCCAAGCCGAGCAGGACGACUACUUCGAAACACAUACCCCUGAUUUCAAACUGCGACACCCAGACACCGGUCGGCGCAGUUGGCAUGUGCACUUGGAUGUCAUUCGGAAGUCGACCCGUUGGAUCGACUGGCGAAUUCAUAAAACUGGAGAUAAGCAGAAGCUUGUUCUUCCUGAUUUGGUACGUGCGGAGCAGGUCGAUAGUCUUCUUAAUUUCUUUUAUACUGGUGACUAUUCGGUGGACGAAGCCGAUCUGAGAUAUUACUCAAUUCGGCCCUGUCCCGGUGGCUGUGUCACUUGUCCUCAGAUCUGUCAGCUCUUGCGCAUUCACUUGUCCAUGUUCCAAAUUGCUCUUCUUCUUAGAAUUACUGAUCUUCAGGCUAUCACGUUCCGCAGAUUCCGUGAUCUCAUGGAUACUGCCCCUGCUUUCGUUUUGCAGUACGCCGUUCACGCCGUCUACAGUAGGGAGCCUAUCCCUGAUGGCAGCAACAACUUUCAGAUAACGGGAUUGAAGUCCGUCACGGACUAUCGCCCUGAGCUGGUGCUUCCUGCAGUUCUCCGGUAUUGCGGAUACUACCGACUGAAUCCUCAGCAGAUCACUAGACACGGGAGAAAGGUGAGGGUUUUUGGUGAGGCGGAGUUUGCUGAGUUACGCCGCAAAAGCCCCAAGUUUGCUGGAGACCUGGCUCUGGGAUUGUGGCUGGAUACUAUUGAUAUCACAGUUCCGACGAUUCAGUUCCCGGGUAACUCGGAGCCCGUCAGGUCGCUUCAUCCCUAUAUGCAGACCCCACUCGUACCACAGGGGGUAGACCCCAAGCGGUCAAAUUAUCAGUACGUGACUUACUUGCAGCCUUUGCCCUUCAGGGAUUUCAAUGAUCAGCGACCUUCGAACACUCCUACAUGGACCCCAUCCCCUCCGUGUACCUCCACUGGGUCGUUUGUUGCCACGCGGACUCCAUCGCAACGCAGCCAGACUUCAUUGCAGCAGACCCCAGGCGUUCCUCAACUGACCUUAGAGCAGACAGAGGAGCGUAGCUUCGUUAACGAAGCUCUAUUCGAUUCCACUAUGGAUCAGAUCUCCACGCAAAUACUACAGGAAAAUUCCACUGGCCCCGUCGAUUUGAGUAAGAUUGACUGGACACAGACGAUGGACUGGAGUGGAACGGAUGUAUCCGAUAUUGACUUCAGCGCGCUUUUACAUGAUGAGGGGUUGGGCGAGCCCGAUCUGAAUGCGUGGGACUUGACACAGGCAAUGAACUGGACGGAAGAGGAUCUGGCCAAUGUGGACUUCACCCAAUUAUUGACUGACGACACCAUGGACUUGCAGUCUUUUGAUCCAUCCUGCCUGGAUCGGCCCAUAGACAUGGAUUUAGAUCUACCCGACUUGACCUGGUUUGACAUGGCGGGUCUACCUGAGAUCGACUUCUCCGGACUGACUUCCCAGGAUUUUAUCGACGGUGUGUUCUCGACUCAACCCUAG